ACAACUGACAAACGGACGGUUAGAAAAAUCGGCGGGAAAAUUCGAAAUUUAAACAGACGUUAACCGCCGUUUGUAAGUUUAGUACGUUGUCUAAAUUAAUGUUAUCAUGAUGUUAAGCUCUAAUACUUUUACACCAGCGUAUAUCACCGUGUUUUUAACUUGUUUUCAUACCGACCUGUCGACUGUUGCUAGCCCAGAGGAGAGACACCGAGUGCCUGCUGGAAAAACCCAUUUUCACCUGAGUUUAUGACAUCACAAAGAGCGAUCUGAAGCAUGCUGUGACGUAGUUUCCACAGACUACAAACAUUUUUGAAGCCUUGAAGCUGGGUCCGCUGCAUCCUUCAGCACGAGGCAGCCAUUCAUGUGUAAAUGCCGCGGGGAAAUUCUUCAAUGAGCCGAGUCCUUCCUGCAGCGACCCGGUUUCGACUCCAGCCUGUGGUCCUCUGCUGUGUGUGGUUCCCCCUCUGUGGUCCCCGCAUCUGUCUGUCUUCAGCUGUCCUCAAUCAGCUGGAGCGUGUGUUCCUCCGCCUGGGCCAUGCAGAGACAGACGAACAGUUACAGGACAUUAUCUCCAAGUUUCUACCCCCCGUGCUCCUCAAACUGUCCAGCGUUCAGGAGGGCGUGCGGAAGAAAGUCAUGGAGUUGUUGGUCCACCUGAACAAGCGGAUAAAAAGCCGACCUAAGAUCCAGCUGCCGGUAGAAACUUUGCUGGUGCAGUACCAAGAUCCUGCAGCCGCCUCCUUCGUGACGAAUUUCACCAUCAUUUACAUCAAAAUGGGUUACCCACGUCUGGAGGUGGGGAAACAGUGCGAGCUGGCUCCCACCCUUCUCACUGCCAUGGAGGGCAAGCCACAGCCACAGCAGGACAGCCUGAUGCACCUGCUCAUCCCGACUCUUUACCACAUGAAGUAUCCUGCAGACUCCAAGAACGCUUUCCCAUUUAACUUAACCGAGAGGCCAAAGACGGUGCAGCUGCUGCUGGAGUUCAUGUUGGAUGUUUUACUGAUGCCGUAUGGGUUUGUGCUAAAUGAAUCCCCGACUCGCCCGGCUCCUUCCUCCUCACAGGGAGGCUCUGCAGAGGGGGUGGUGACUGCAGGUGGUCAGGGUCUCCCCCAGCCUCCCCCGGGGAUGAGCGUCUAUGCUGCCAAGAGGGUGAUCGGAGAGGCUCAGUGGAGCGCUGAGCAGCUCGAGCAGUGUAAGCUGGGAAUCGUGAAGUUCAUCGAGGCAAAGCAGGUACCAGAGGUGGAGACGGUGGUGCACCUGGUGGUGGCGUCGAGCGACACCCGACACAGCGUGGCCACCGCAGCUGAUCUGGAGCUGAAGAGCAAACAGAGCAUCAUCGACUGGAACAACCCUCUAAUUAUCAACAAGAUGUACAAGGUGUACCUGGGGGAUGUUCCUCUUAAAACAAAGGGCGGCAACAUGAAGCAGGAGCUGAAACACGAGCCGGUCAGCACCAGAGUCAAACUGAAGAUCUUGCCGCAUCUUCUACGCUCGCGUCUAGCCGCAGAGUGCUUCCCAGCUAAUAUCCAGGUCGUGUAUGACGGUCUGUUUGGAGCCAACACCAACAACAAACUGCUGUCUCUCACCUUGCAGUUUGUCCAUCACAUCUGCAUGGUAUGUCCUGAUACUAAUAAACCUCUGGGACUGAUGCUGCUCAACGGUCUCACCAAGCUCAUCAACGAAUACAAGGAGGAUCCUAAGUUACUCUGUGUUGCCUACUCUGCUGUUGGAAAGCUGUCAAGCCGCAUGCCGCAGCUGUUCAUAAAGGAUAUCGCCCUCGUGCAGCAGUUUUUUGAGUCCAUGUGUAAGGAGGAGGCCGACGUGCGUCUUGCCAUCCAGGAAGCUUUGUCCAUGAUGGUUGGAGCUUAUGCCAACCUACAGGGGGCGCUGCUGAACCUGAUGGAGGCCCUGGUGGCUGCGUAUAUCACAAAGCCGGAGGUUCAAGUUCGUCAGGUGGCCAUGAAGUUCGCCAGCACAGUGUUUGCCCACGAUCACGUGCCAUCAAGAUACCUGCUGCUCCUGGCAGCCGGAGACCCGAGGGAGGAGGUGUCCGGGGAGGCCCAGAAGGUGCUGAGAAGUUUUCCUACCAAGAGCUCUGAGAAGGAGGGACCGAAGCCGAUGCCAUCCUUUCCUGACAUGGUGGCCUACGUGCAGGAGAAGGCGGCUCAGAGGAUGAAUACUCCAGCUAAGUACAUCGUUGGAACUUCCACUAUUCCCUUCAACCCAUCUGCGUUUGGAGAGAUCAUCUGCUACCUGAGGAUGUGUUUAGCUUACAGCGCCGGGGCCACGCCCGUGUCCACGCGCCUGGGCGCCAUGCAGGACGACGCGCCGGCCAUCGGCCGUUACGUCCAAACGCUGCUGUCCUCUGAGCAUCAGCCUUCGGGGUCGAAGGGUGCAGAGGCGAACCCUGUUCACGUCUACGUGGAUCUGCUGCAGCAGCUGCUGUCUGCCGGAGGAGGAAUCCCGGUUAUGUACUGUCUGCUGGAGGUGGUGUCCAUCUGCCCGGAGAAACUGGCUCCCAGAUUUGUUGGUAAAAUCGACUGGAUUAAAAGUCUGAUGAACACAAAUAAAGAGGACAUGAGGGAGCUCGCCGCUCAGCUGUACGCUUUGGUCGUUUCCACCAUGACCGGCAACGAGCUGCAGCUGGCUGUGCACAACCUGGUCAAAAUCACCAAAGACAACCAUAGUCCUGAGACUCAGCACGGUGCCAUCCUGGCUCUCGGCUACAUGGUGGGAAGGUACAUGAGCAGGAGGAAAGCUGUCGCCUCGAGUGACUCCACGCACGGCAUGGGGCAGCCGAUGAGUAUCACCUCCCAGGAUGAUGAUGAACUCGUUGCCAUGGCCACCAAGACAAUCGGUUCGUUCCUGGACAGCAGCACCGCUCUGCUGGCUGUGGCGGCGUGCAUAGCGCUGGGAGAAAUCGGGCGUAACGGCAGCCUGCUGAUCCCUGCAGACGGGGAGGGCUUCAGCAAACUGUCAGUCGUGGAAAACCUGCUGGCUCGGAUCCCCUCUGGGAAGGAGAGCUCAAAGAUGAAGGAGCGUUCAAUCCAGACGUUGGGUUACCUCCCUGUGGGAGAUGGAGACUUCCCGCACCAGAAGAAGCUGCUGCAGGGUCUCAUGGACUCUGUGGAGGCCAAGCAGGUGGAGCUGCAGUUUACGGUGGGAGAGGCGAUAACCAGGGCCGCAAUCGGCACCAGCUCCGGAGCUGCCAGAGACCCGUGGACCUGCACCGAGGAGCAGUACAGCCCGCCGCAAAACAUGAAAAACAACGACGUGGUUCCUUGGGUCCUCAAAACCAUCCUGUCCAAGUACAUAUGCAGCCAGAACCCUCAUGUCCGACAGGCAGCCUGCAUCUGGCUGCUCUCCCUGGUCAAGAAACUCAGCCAACACAAGGAAAUCACAUCUAAUCUGAAGGAGAUCCAGAUGGCGUUCAUCUCCGUUCUCUCAGACCCCGAUGAGCUGAGUCAGGACGUGGCGUCUAAAGGCCUGGGCCUCGUGUACGAGAUGGGAGGAGAGGGCGACCAGCAGAAACUGGUGUCCACGCUGGUGGAAACACUCAUGACUGGCAAAAGAGUGAAAUACGACAUGUCGGACGAUACGGAGGUGUUCAAAGGAGAAGAUGUUGGGAAAGCACUUGAUGGCCUGACCACAUACAAGGAGCUCUGCUCAUUGGCCAGCGACCUGAACCAACCGGAUCUCGUCUACAAGUUCAUGAACUUGGCCAAUCACCACGCCAUGUGGAACUCUCGCAAGGGAGCGGCUUUCGGUUUCCACAUGAUCGCAGCCAAAGCCGGGGAGCAGCUCGCUCCGUUCCUGCCCCAGCUCGUGCCCCGUCUCUACCGCUACCAGUUUGACCCCAACCUGAGCAUCCGCCAGGCCAUGACCAGCAUCUGGGAUGCUUUGGUCACCGAUAAAACCCUGGUGGAUAAAUAUCUGAAGGACAUCCUGCAGGACGUCAUUUCCAACUUGACCAGUAAUACUUGGCGAGUCCGUGAAUCCAGCUGUUUGGCCCUGAACGACCUGAUUCGAGGCCGCCAAGCUGACGACCUCAUCGAUCACCUGGCGGAAAUGUGGGAGACGCUGUUCAGAGUCCUCGACGACAUCAAGGAAACCGUGAGAAAAGCUGCAGACCUCACACUGAAGACACUCAGUAAGGUGUGCACUCGUAUGUGUGAGUCGACCGGCUCCGGCGCUCAGAGGACCGUGGCGGUGAUGUUACCGACCCUGCUGGAAAAAGGCAUCGUCAGCAACGUAGCAGAGGUCCGCGCGCUGAGUAUCCAGACCCUGGUGAAGAUCAGUAAGACAGCCGGUGCCAGACUAAAGCCUCACGCUGCCCGGUUGAUCCCGGCCCUGCUGGAGGCCCUCAGCUCCCUGGAGUCUCAGAUCCUCAACUACCUCAGCCUCAGAGCCACGGAGCAGGAGAAGAGCGCCAUGGAUGCCGCCAGGCUGAGUUCUGCGAAGUCGUCUCCGAUGAUGGAAACUAUAAACAUGUGUCUGCAGCACCUCGACGUUUCUGUGCUGGGCGAGCUGGUUCCCAAACUCUGUGAGCUGCUCAAGAGCGGAGUAGGCCUGGGCACGAAGGGCGGCUGUGCCAGUGUCAUCGUUUCACUGACGGUGCAGUGCCCUCAGGACCUCACCCCGUACUCAGGUAAACUGAUGAGCGCCCUGUCGAGUGGGAUCCACGACAGAAGCUCUGUGGUACGGAAACAGUACGCCUUCGCGUUGGGACACCUCGUCAGGACGGCAAAAGACAGAAGCGUAGAGAAACUACUACUGAAGCUCAACACCUGCUACCUGGAGAAGGAAGAGCCGGUCUACAAGUCCUCCUGUGCGUUGACGGUGCACUCCAUCAGCCACUACAGCCCCGACGUGCUGAAGAGCCACGCGGUAGUCGCUCUGCCGCUCGCCUUCCUCGGCAUGCAUCAGGCUCCGGGUCCCGACGAGGAAGGAGAGAGCCACGACGCCACGCUGUGGGCCGAGGUGUGGCAGGAGAACGUUCCAGGAAGCUUCGGAGGAAUCCGGCUGUACAUGAAGGAGCUGAUCGCCAUCACGCAGAAGGCUCUGCAGUCCCAGUCCUGGAAGAUGAAGGCUCAGGGUGCAGCUGCCAUGGCAACCGUUGCCAAGGAACAGACGGGCUCAUUGGUGGCGCCGCACCUUGGCAUGGUGCUGACCGCUUUGAUGCAGGGACUGUCUGGACGCACAUGGGCCGGCAAGGAGGAGCUGCUGAAAGCCAUCGGGUCGGUCGUCUCCAAAUGCAGCGCGGAGCUGCAGAAGCCGUGCGCGGGCCAGCCGACCGUCGCCGAGGUGCUGGAGGUCGUCCUGAAGGAAUGCCGCAAGGAGAGUCUGGUGUACAAAAUGGCAGCCCUGCGCUGUGCCGGAGACGUGCUCCACAGCAGCAAGGAGGACCGGUUCAGCGACGCAGCGGAGAUCCUGUUCCCUCUGAUCAAGAAGAGCUGUCCGCAGAGCGGCGCUGCGUCGCUGAGGUCGCUGGAUGACGACGACGAUCGAGAUGCAAAGGAGGCUGAGCUGCAGACCGAAGCUCUGCUGUGUGCUUUCGAGACUCUCGGAAAGGCUUGGCCCAGAAACCCACAGACUCAGGCUCGGUUCCAGGUGGAGGUUUGCGGCCUGAUGUGUGAGAAGCUCAAGCUGAGCACGUGGAAAGUCCAGCUCGCCGUCCUCCAGUCCAUGAAGGCGUACUUCCAGGGGUUACUGCUGCUGGAGAAAGGCGGCGAGGACUUCAACGCGCUGUCGCAGAUCCUCACAGAGACCUGCGCCGCUCUCACUUACCCUUUAGAAAAUAAAAGUUACUCCUCCGUGAGGACAGAGGCUUUGUCGGUCGUGGAUCUGAUCGUGAAGAGAACUGGAGAGAGCGAACAGUGGGACUGCGUGUCGGUGAAGAGUCGGGAGCAGCUGCAGCGCUCGCUGUCCACGCUGCAGUCGGACAGCAGACCUGACCUGAGGGAUAAAGCUCAGGAGCUGCGUCGACACAUCCAGAGCCAACCUUGAGCACACACACACACACACACACACACACACACACACACACACACACACACACACACACACACACACACACACACACACAGUGCAGCGAAACUUCUUUUACUUCUUCUUCACGAGUGGAACACGCCGCACACUCCUCCGUCUGUUUAUCUUCUCUAACAUAUUCACGAGUCUCUCACAUACUCGCAUUACUCAUCAUUAUUACCCGUGAGCUAACGAAGCCGCUCCACUCGAGCAGACGGACUGACGACGCUCGGCUUUAAAGCUUCUGAAGAGUCCACGAUAACACGUGACGAGUGGAAGUGAAAGAGCAAGGCGUUUGUUGUAACGUGUCAAGUUUUCUUUGGUUCAUUUAGACGGACAGUAAGAUAACGAUCAUAAAUACUUAUAUAAACAGUGUGUUGGGUUUGUGGACGCCGUGUACCUAGAGCCCCAACCUGUGGGGACUUUUACUACUGUCGUGGGUUUGCGUACUCGUUAAAGACGAGAGCGGGAGCAGGUCGUACACCUCAGCGGACGGUCGAUCGGCUGGCUGAGUUGCACUUUGUGCGGACACGCCGUGUCCUGAUUUAAAUGUUUUUCUUUCUUCGUGUCGGCGAGGUGAACGAGCAAGACGACGGACAAUUUUUGUGAAGUCUUGAGAAUAAAUAAUUAAAAAAAAUAAAUGAAUAAAAAAAAAAAACGCUGCUGCUCAGUUCAAAGUGAUGCUGUUGAUGUUUGAAUUUGUCCCUGAUGAAAUAAAAAUACAGUUUGGACACUU